AUGGAUGAAGUUACAACUCUCUACCCUCAUGUUGAAAAGUGGCUGAAAUCAAUAGUGCACAAUUUCCAAGAUUUCAAAGAGGCCAUGUCGGCACUAACCACUAUUAAAAGUAUUUGUCAAAAUAUAAUUUUACAACCUUCAGAUGAAAAAGUUAAAAAGAUACGAUUGACCAAUCCACGCUUUGUUGCGAGUGUAGGAAAAUUGCCAGGUGCCAUCAAUCUUCUUUGUUUAAUAGGAUUUGAUAAAGUUAUACAAGACAAGGAAGAAUAUUUAAUAUUUGGUUCAAAUGAUUUGACACCCCUCAAGACCAUGCAAUCAGUAAUUUCUGCCAUAAUCAAAAGUAACGAUCUCAACACUGAAUCUACCAAUCCAAUUAUUGAGCAAGUGUUAACCAUGGCAAACAAGAGUAUCGAAGAGCAAAAAUUAUUCUUACUGAAACGUACAGUAACUGAUCGUUGCAAUAUGACAGGAAUGUUUUUUCUUGGGUAUGCUUCUGGGUGUUUUGCUGAUGGUAGAAAUCUAGAAUGGAAGAAAGAAGUUAUACGAAUUGCCAUCAACUGUUUCAAAUUUGAUUGGUUGCAACCAGUUAUGAAAGAUAUCGAGUUCUUUCCGUGCUUGUCUUCUGAAUUGGAGAAGAGUAAAUAUUUGGUGACAUGGCUCUGUAUUGGUAGACUAUUCGAAUGCUAUGAGUCUGUAGUGGUAAGGAUACAACAGCUGCACAGUAUUGCUGGAAGCAUGGCAAUGUUUUUGAAAAAUAGGAAUGAUGAAUAUUUUUCUUCUUGGGGUCCUAAAUGGAUAGAUCAUUUAUUGGAAUGCAUUGAUGAUGCUGGCAUUUGUAAAAACUUUUUAUUGACACUCACAUGUUUGAUUGAGGAUUUCAAUGUCAUUGACAACUUCUUGCAUGGUACUAAGAAACUCAUCGUGAUAGCAAAUAUUUUGGUCAGUGGUUCAAACAAGCUCUUCAUUUGCUUGUGUGAUUUUGAUUUUGUCAAUGAUAACCUCACAACAUCCUUAUCUAUUGUGGGGACUCCAAAAUAUCUUCCUCCUGAAAUGAUUAGUCAGGGGAUCCUUUUAAAGAAGAAUAGUACAAAGAUUGACAUUUGGUGCUUUGGAAUAAUCAUUUUUAGAAUAUUGUGUGAAUUACUUGGUAUUGAUUGUUUUUCAGAUUGUCCUGAAGAGAUACUCGUAGAAGAUGAUAUAAGAUUAGGAAGAGCAAAGGAUAGCGAACAAUUGAGACAAUAUCUGGAUAAGAAACUUUCAACAUCAGAGCUAUUGAUCAAUUAUACUUUGGGAGAAGGAAGAAGAAUCACCCGAUUUAUUGAACUUACGAGGCAAUUACUCGAAUACCAAUAUGAGAAGAGGCCAAAUGCUUCCACAUUAAUUGAACUCAUUCAGACUCCUUGA